ACGAUUUUCUUGAAGCAUUAGACUUGCAGCGUCGCCCGAUUCAGGUUUUAUUUUUUCUUCCUCGUUCAAUUUAUGACAUUGCUUUUCUGCUUUCAUUUUUUCUCGUUUAUUCUAUAUCAACGGCGUAAUACUUUUCCAUUCAUGCUUAAUGGCAUCGUUGAAAGUCACACAAUACGUGCACGACGACGUGAACAUUAGAGAACCUGGUAAUCGAAAUUUGUAGCAUGCAUGUUUGACAUGGCCAAGUUAAAGAUUUUCACGAAGUCUAUAACAUAUAUAAGAUGACUGUUAUUUGCGAGAAAGCACGACUACUUGUUAUGUUAUGUUCUUAGUGAUGCUAUACAAACAUCUGUCAUGUUCUUUAUAUCUUAAUUAAAUUUCUUACCAUUUUCUACUCCUUUGUUGAUUAGUUAUAUUGUGGUUGACUAUGUUUGAUUUGUGAUAACAGCAAGAAGUUUCAAGUAAACGAGAUUUUUGGGUGUAAGGGAACGGAUCAAUAAAAGAGUUAAGACAGCGAAUAAGUCAAUCAAGCAAUUUAAGGAAGAACUUGCUCGAUGUAAAAACCAAAUCGGAAAAAUGGGUCCUGGUCUGGCUCAACGAGUUAUGGAAGUUCGGAAAAAGAGACUUAUCAAGGAGAAAAGAUGGUACCAAACACAACGUGACAUGCUAAACAAACAAAUUUUUGAUCUAGAUCGAGUCAUAUUUGCUUGGGAUGGUAUUAAGGAGGCUCAGCAAAUAGCAUCGUGUUUGAAAUCAGCAAAUAUAGAGUUGAAAGGAAUGAUGAAAAUUUUGCAAGAUGACCAAGAAGAUCUUAUGGGUGGCGCCGUCUAAAAAUCAGUCGUUUUAUGUUUUAUUAUCACUUUCCUUUUCUUUUAACUCUUAGACUAUUUUGGAUAGAGAAUUUGUGAUUUGUACUUUUGAAAAAUAUUUACCGAUUAGUACUCUUUUAAUAUUCUACUAUAAUAAAUGAAACUUUUU